UCUGUCACUACUGUCAGUUUCAAUGGCAAUAAUACAGAUGUUUCUGUCUUCGGUUUGUUCAUAUUCAUUAUUAGGCUAGGUAGUAUUUAAAAAAUAAUAUGAAGGGAUACAAUAAAAGUAAUUGAGUAAUUUUAUUUUAAAUCUUUUGUUUCGUCCAUUUUGGUGUUUCGAAGUAUGAAUAUAUUCGAGCGAUAGUAUUUUAAUAAAACCUAAAAUGUUGAAGGAAAAGGGACAACUUAAGUUUGAAGAUAAGUGGUUGUAUAUGCGACCAACUGUCUUGAAACUACUCAAGCAAGAAGGAGUUAAUCCUGCUGAAUGGCAGGAAUUAUUUUAUGAUGUACAUUUAGUUUGUUUGUGGGAUGAAAAAGGCCCACUGAAGUUGAGGGAUGCUCUCCAUGAAGAUAUUAUACAAUUUAUCAAACAAGCCCAAGGUAGGGUGAUGGCUCAAAGACAAGAGGAGGCUCUGUUAAAAGCAUAUAUAGUUGAAUGGCGGAAAUUUUUUACCCAGUGUAAUUAUUUACCAACACCUUUCAGACAGUUAGAAACUUCUCUUCAGGGUAAAACAACAGGUAGCUCGAAUAUUCAGAGCACUAGUCUCAAAAAAGGCCAGAAUAAUGAAAAUAGCAUUGUUAGGAAACUAAUGUUAGAUUGCUGGAAUGAAAGUAUAUUCAAUGAUAUUAAGGAUAGACUGCAAGAUAGUGCUAUGAAAUUGAUAUAUGCCGAAAGAAAUGGAGAGGCAUUUGAUUCACAAUUGGUUACCGGAGUUAGGGAGUCGUAUGUUAACCUUUGCUUAAAUCCUGAUGACCAUUUAAAAAUCUAUAGGGAAAAUUUUGAAGCAGCCUAUAUAGAUAGUACAACCAUGUUUUACAAAAUGAAAGUUGGUGAACAACUCAACCAAAAUGGGGUGAUAGCUUAUAUGAGAUUUGCUGAACAAAAAUUGAAGGAAGAAGAAGCUCGUGCUAAAAAAUAUCUAGAGGCAGGCAGUAACCGAGUUGUGGAUUGCUGUGUCAAAGUACUUGUCCAAGAGCCUAUCGUUAUUUUAUUGAAUGAAUGUAGGCCAUUAAUAAAGGCAGGAGAGACAGAAAGACUUCAAUUACUAUAUCAUCUUCUAGGUAGAGUGGAAGAAGGCAUUGUUCCAAUGCAAAGAGAGCUGGAAUCUCAUAUCGAACAAGCCGGAUUGGCAGAAAUGGUGGCGGCGGCCGACGUAAUUACUCAGGACUCCGAGAAAUACGUGGAGCGCCUCCUCGAUCUGUACAAAAAAUUCACCCAGUUAGUCCACGAAGCUUUCUCAGACGAUCCCAGGUUCCUCACAUCCCGAGACAAGGCUUUCAAGAUGGUAGUGAACGAUACCAAGGUCUUCUCCUUGGACCUGAACACGGGCAGAUCCGCAGGAGGCAAGUCUGUGGCCCCAGAGAGCAAGUGCCCCGAACUACUCGCCAAUUAUUGUGAUAUGUUACUGAGGAGGACUCCUUUGUCGAAGAGGCUGACCUCUGAAGAGAUCGAUACGAGGCUCAAGGAUGUAUUGCUGUUGUUGAAAUACGUGAACAACAAGGAUGUCUUCAUGAGGUAUCACAAGGCUCAUUUAACAAGGAGGUUGAUUGUAGAUGCCAGUAUCGAUAGUGAAAAGGAGGAGGAUAUGGUGGAGUGGCUAAGAGAAGUGGGUAUGCCUGCAGAUUAUGUAAAUAAGUUGGCAAGAAUGUUCCAAGAUAUUAAAGUGAGCGAAGACUUGAAUUCCCAAUUCAGAACGUCCACCACUAAACACGAUGCCAUCAAUAUCAAGAUAUUGAAUGCUGGAGCUUGGGCGAGAUUCUCAGAAAGAGUUACCGUUAGUUUACCUGUAGAGCUAGAGGAUUACAUUCCUGAAAUUGAGGAGUUUUAUAGAAAGAAGCAUUCUGGUAGAAAAUUACUAUGGUAUCAUCACAUGAGCAACGGAACCAUAAAUUUUGGAGUCAACGGCGGAAAAUUCGAUCUAGAUGUCACCACUUUCCAAAUGGCUGUUCUUUUUGCCUGGAAUCAGAGGCCAAACGAUAAAAUCACUUACGAAAACCUUCGACUUGCCACAGAGCUGCCUAAUGGAGAAUUGAGGAGGACCCUCUGGUCUUUGGUUGCUUUUCCCAAAUUGAAAAGGCAACUUUUGUUGUUUUCACCCGCCGUGAGCAGCGCCAAGGAGUUCAACGAGGACACAGUUUUUUGGGUGAAUCAAGAUUUUGCAUUGAUCAAAAAUGGAAAACCACAGAAGAGAGGAAAGGUGAAUCUCAUAGGACGUUUACAAUUAAGUACGGAGAGUUCUCAGAUUGAGGACAAUCAAUCUAUUGUGCAAUUGAGAAUAUUUAGAACACAAGAAGCGAUAAUUAAGAUUUUGAAGAUGCGUAAGAAGAUAACUAACGCAGCAUUACAGACUGAAUUAGUGGAUAUUCUGAAAAACAUGUUUAUUCCUACAAAGAAAAUGAUCAAAGAACAAUUAGAAUGGUUAAUAGAACACAAAUACAUGAAAAGAGAUGAUGAUGAUAUCAACACGUUUAUUUAUAUGGCAUGAUGUUGCUGAGACUAAAUGAGUUGUUGCAUACAUUUUUGAAAGAAUGAUUCAGGAUUUCGAAUCGAGUAACUCAUCAGAUCUUAUGAAGUUUGGAUUUGAAUUUAAUAUAUAUAUAUAUAGGUUGUUUUUUGUUCGAUAAUCUUUUUGGUAUCUAUUUUUAUUUUAUUUGACUGGAAACAUAAUCAACAGAUAUUCUUAUAUGGUAAUAUUUCAUUUUAUAUUAUCACAGAUCAGUUGAAAUCGAGUAAUACCAAAUAUACUUAAGAUUAAAACGUAAUUGACAAAUAGUACAAACAUUUUCUCUGAUUAAUGGAUUAUAGGAAUUAUAUCUAUUUACAAAAUUGGAAUAUUAGCAUGAGCUUUCAUCCUUAUUUAUGAUUCAAUAUUUUUUCAUUUGGUAAAAUUUGGUACUCCCCAAAAAGAUGAAAAUUAAAGAAUGUCAACUCAAAACGUAUUUUCUUUAUUUGCAAAUGUUAUUUUAGUACAGAGAAUCUCUUUAUAUUGACUUCACUUUGUUCUGUCGUCAUAGCAAAAUAGAUACAUAUGUAAGAACACAUCUGAGUAAGAUGUCCAAAAAUACUGAUGUGUCCAGUAAUAAGAUUUUGCUUGAAACAAUUCAGGCGAUGCGAACUCGUUAUUGCCGGUACUUCCUUUUCCUUCCAUAGGUGGCGCUAUUCAACGACAGCGAAAAACUUCUCUUUCAUUCUGUAGGUGGCGUUAUAAUUGUAUAGCGCCAACUACAGAGCGAAAGAGAAGUUUUUCGCUAUCGUUGCCAUAUUAUGGAGAAUGUAAACAAAAAACCGCCAUAUUUAGGCUCAGCCAAUAAAGGGUAUGGUCUUUAUAUCACCUUGGUUACUAUGGUUAGUAAUUUGUUGGUCCGUAUAUGUCAAAUUCCUCAAAAACCUGUGACUAUUUCCUCAAACUUCAGUGAGUUUCUGUCACCAGAGCAACCGUACUUUUAUUCUGGUUAGAUUCAGUAACCACGCCCACUCCGGUUGGCAGUUGUCAUUUUAAUUUUCAGAUUAUUGUUUAUGAAUAUUUUCCAUGACAUCUACACUCAAAAACUUAAUUUUUUUAAUUAUGAAACAAAUAUCCUUCAGAGCCAUUAAGAGCUAUUAGUUAUUUACAAAAAAGAGAUCAACCAUUUAUAACCUCCAAAAUUGUGUCAUGAAAAAAUUAGUUGAUUAGUGUCAAGCGGUCCGGAAAUACGAAGCAGGUUGGUCACUGUAAGCGAAAUUUGAUGCCAGUGCCAUAGGAAACGAUGCGGAAAUCAAAUGAAGUACCGGCAAUCUCCUUAAAAUCCAAGAAUGCUGUUUCAUUCAAAAAUUGACUAUUUUAUCUUAAAAUUUUUCAAGAUUAAAUGAGUACACCAGUAUUUAUAGACAUCUUAAAUAAAUGUAACUGAAUGUCAGUUGCAAUUUCAGAAUGAUGUGGUUAUGGUCUGAUUUACUAAAGAUAAGCAUUUUAAUUUGGUUUUGGUUGGAAUUUAUAUGGCAAGCUUAUCUGAAUAGAAGGCAAGUAUGUACUGAUUUUCAAUUUUAAUUCAGAAACAUCAGAAUAAGAAUUUGAUAUCACUUUCUGUAACAAGCUAACAAUAUUUAAAAUGUAGGGCUUUACUAAUGGAAUAGUUAUUGAAACAGUCCUAUUUUUCCAGUUCAACAAAGUCCUUAACACCCAUGAACUUCCAAGAGAAAUACGUUUUAUUAUGCCCCCCCCAAUAUUGAUGGUGUCUCGAAAAUACACCUUGGAAAACUUGGAUUUUAUUCUUGCCAAGAGCAUGGUUUCCCUUAUAUUUUCUUCAGUAAUAAUAUACAGUGACUAUAUGGUGAAAAUAUGGAACUUCGCUUAUACAAUAGAUCCCUACAAAAGCGAAAUCUUUACAGGAUGUGUUUGGUUUGCUAUCCUAUACACCUUGACCUCCAUAAUAGACCUACUUUUCGAAUUGUACCAUAACUUCGUUUUAGAAAAAAACCUUGAAAUGCCUAUCAUGACCUUCAAACAGCUAUUCAUACAAUUCCUCACAGAUUUCAUUAUAAUACAGGUCUUCUCUAUGGUAAUUGCAGCAUUGGUUGUUAAAGUAAUACAGUUAGCUGGGUGUUAUUUUUUUGUCAUGAUGUGGAUACUCUGCAGCAUUCUUCUCUCAGUGUUCACUAGUUUGAUACAGUUGCUUGACUAUCCGGAAAAUCCAAGCCUGGUAGAUUUUCCUCAAAGUGAUCUGAAGCGUCAAAUUGAAAAUUUGUGUAGAGAAUUAGAAUUUCCUCUUGAAAAGAUCGAACUGUUGCUUCAGAGCCACUCCAUGGAAGAACAUAGUUGUGUAUACUACUACGGCAUGUUCAAGAAACAUCUGGUAAUUUCUGUUAAUAUUUUACCCCUCACCGAAAUAGAUGACAGUUUGGAGGAUGAAGAAAUUCUGGCUCUGAUUAUACAUCAACUUGGACAUUGGUACAAAAAUCACGAUAUCAAAAAGUUUUUCAUUUUACAAGCAGCACUUCUGAUUUGGUUUUUCCUUUUCAUCUAUGCAUUUGAGAGAAAAGUUGUCUAUGAAGCGGUUGGCUUUUAUGAAUCCAAGCCAAUACUAGUUGGGAUUUUGAUCACUCUACAGUAUGUUACGAUGCCAUACAAUGUUUUGAUGACUUUUACGUUGAUAUCUUGGUCUCGAACUUUUGAAUAUGAAGCCGAUAGAUUUGCUGUGCAUUUGGGUAUGAAAAGUGCUCUACAGAGAGCUCUCAUCAAAAUAUACGUCGUAAGUUUCCAAUUUCCUGUUUUAGAUCCUUUGUAUAGCCAACAUAACUUUCACCACCCUUCUUUAUUUGAAAGAAUACAACAUUUAAAUGAGGGUUCUUUAAUAGGGAUGUAAUUUGAAUAAAAUUGAAAAUAUUCCCAUCGCCAACAGACAUAUUGGAGGAUUAUCAGAGUUCGAAAUGGAACGGAGAAUAUUAGUAGUGCUCUAAACAUUUUUGGUGAAAAGUAUCCACAAACAUAAUCCAAAUUUAAUUGAAUUUUUUCAUUAGGCUUGAAUUAGCCACGUUAGUUUUAAGAAGUGCUCACCUGGCCUAAAUGAAUAUUAAAAUAUUUCUGUUUUCAAAUGAUCAUCCCUGUAUCAGAGAGUAUUUCAUUCAAUAAACAUACUAUUUUGUUAUGUUGAACUGUUUUUCAUAAGGAAAACAUUUUUACCGGGAUUUAUUCAAGUUGGAAAUGUUUUCUCUGGAUAAUUUUUUAUUAACACCUAACAAAAAUGUUUUGUUGUUUCGAAUGGGCAAUGGGCAUCCUUGCCACUUAUUAAUAUUCUGUGGGAAUUAGAUUAUUCUGUGUUCUGACUUCUGAUUCUUGACUUUUUAUUGAUUUUCCCAUGGGAUUUGGAAAAUCAUAUUUGUCUAUGGGGAAAAUGAAGUGAAGUAGUGAAGAUUUAUUGAAUCGUCAAAUUUAUAUAAACCCUGUUCAAAAUGAUACUAAUCGAUCCAUUAUUAUUGAAAUAUAUUUUCAUUUCAUUUACUUGGAUUACAUUUAUAUGGGAACUAUACCUUUCUAUCAGACAG